AUGUUCACAUCUCCUGGAUUUCUAAAGAUUGACCAAGGUGAUAAUAUGCCACAAUUUCAAUGCCAGGUUCCUGGCUGUACAUCGAGCUACCGUCGUAAAGAGCAUCUCCGACGUCAUGAAGCACAACAUCGUGGAAGUCAUCAUCGCACUUGUUCAAUCUGUGGUCGGCUAUUUAGUGACAGUCUUAGACGUCAUAUUCGUCGCGACCAUGAAACCCCAGGACAAUCUCUCCCUCGCGCCACAAAGGCCUGCGUGAGAUGUCGUACGACCAAAGCGCGGUGCCAGGGGGGCUUACCAUGUACAGAGUGUUCUUUGAGAAAUCGCGUGUGUAUUUUUGAUGGUCCACCCCUCCCCGGUAUGGAACCGGCUCAACCAGACCCCGAAGUCUUGGAGGAUAAUGGUGGAGAGGAUCUGAUCACUGCUUCCCUCGAGAAUACCGCUCAAGUCGACCACUACAUACAUCUUUACUUCUCGCAUUUUCAUCAACACUGGCCGAUUUUACAUCGACAUACCUUCAGUAUCCCUGACGAACCCCCAUUGCUGCUUCAGGCAGUCUUAAUGAUUGGCCUUUGGGUUAGUGGGAGCCCGGAGGCGCGGCAAGAUGCUCGGGAUUUGCAUUAUAAGCUAGGAAUGGCGAUUUCCUCACAGCGGCACUUGUUCGGUUUGAAAAAAUUGUACAAUUCAUUGACUGUUGAUCCGCAGGACAACUGGGAACAAUCGCCGGUGGAAGAGGAUCACGAUAACGAAGGUCCGGACAGCCCAACGUCACGAUGGCCCGUUGGAACCUACCAAGGCAUUCUUCUCUACAUCAUAUUCUCAUUACUGACAUCGAGUCCGAUUGGCCUCGAACUUAACCUCAGCUUGGCAUUACCUGUGUCCGAUCGUCAAAUCCUCUCCGCUCUGGUCGCAACCUGUCUGCGAAACAACAUCUUUUACUAUCCUAAUAUGGUUACAAGGUACCGAAACGUCGAGUCAAUUACCUGCAUGUGGGUGGGAGUCGAAGAGAUCAAAAGGUUGGGUUUGGCCUUGUACAAGGUUUCUCGGCUUUGUGGAGGGGUGAAUUGCUUGGAGGACUCUGAUGGUCGACCAUUUCGCCUCUCUGAUCUACAAUUUCCCUUGCCGGAUAGGAGAAAUUUAUGGGAUGCUGGUUCGAAUGCGGAACUGUCUCGACUACUUUUGAUAUAUUCUAGAAGAGAAGACAAAUCGGAUGACCCUAGGGAUACCAAUUGGAUCUCACAAAGUGGGAGAUUAUUGGAAACCGAUGAAAAUUGGUGGAAUUGA